AGAAGCCAUUAUUAGGUUUUUACUACUAUUUGAAUUUUGGAAGUGUCGUAACUCCCAGGACUGCACCUAGAAGAGGCUGUGGAAAAGAUGGGAGAAACGAGGACACCAUCUUCUCACACUGUCUCCUCCACCUCCUCCACUUCUGCGCCCACACCAGAAGUAGAGAUGGUGGCGCAGUAACCUGGACCAGAGUGGGAAGCCUGGUUAGAAGUACUGGAAUGACUUAAGCACUAGUGUAUAUACUGUUGUCAAAUCCCCAACCCACUCCAUAUUUAUCCAUCUUAUCUGUAAGUUGGUAAUCAGCAUUCAAAGCAAAUAAGUUAGUGAACUACUUUUUAUGGUAAAAUGGGUCAAAAAUGAAAAACUGUGUACAACUAUAAAAAGAACAGAGUACUUGUGGCACCUUAGAGACUAACAAACUUAUUUGAGCAUAAGCUUUCAUGAGCUAAAACCCAUGCAUCCAAUGACUAACAUGGCUACCACUCUGAAACCUGUAUACAACUAUGUUUCAGAAUGCUUUUAAGAUUUAAAAAAAAGGAAAAGUUUUAUUUACCUAAAAAACUGCAAACUUAAUUUUUUGCACAGAUUUUUCACUUUAUAUAUUUUUUGCUAAUCAGCCCUGAUAAAUUCCUGGGAAACUUUAAGCAAGAUAAAAACUGAAAAUGAAGGGCCUUGUGUAUUCAAUACAUCUAGUUAUCGAUGAACACAGUUUUUGCCUUUCGCUGAUGAAAAGACUCUAUACUAGAGACUUGUUUUUCCAUGUCUGCUUGUCCUGGUGAAUAUCUGAUUGCUAUUGACCAUGCAAAAUGCUUUCAAAGAGCAAAGCUUUUUACCUUUGGAAUCAACCAGGUGGCAUAAAAGAGCAGGUUUGGUUGGGAUGUUCCUGUGAUCCUGCGAAAUUCAGAAGAAAUAGAAUCCAGCGUAAGAGUAUCCAAAAAGCAGAUGAGACAAGUGAAGAAUCCUUUUGGCUUAGAAAUUCCGCAUCCUGCUGCAGUUUCCAUAACAAGGGGCAUAACACUGACACCUGAUUGUCUGGAAGACUGUAUCCUUACAUGCUACUGGGGGUGCAGUGUUCAAAAACUACACGAAGCUUUGCGGAAACACGUCUAUUGCUUCAGAAUAAAGACUCCGCAGGCACUAGAAGAUGCUCUCUACAGCGAAUACGUGUAUCGACAGCAGUAUUUCAUUAAAAAAACUGGCAAGGAAGAAAAAUACUGUCAGUUGCCAGAAGAUGCUCAAAUUGCAGGCUUUGGCCCAGUGCCUAGAUCUCGUUACCCACUGGUAGCUUUGUUGACUUUAGCUGACGAAGACGACAGAGAAAUAUACGACAUUAUUUCAAUGGUAUCCGUAAUUCAUAUUCCCGAUGAGAGUUACAGACUUUCCUGCAGAAUAUUAUAUCAGUAUCUGCUUCUGGCCCAAGGUCAAUUUCAUGACCUUAAGCAACUCUUCAUGUCUGCAAGCAACAGUGUCCCGCCCUUGAGCAAUGCCUCUGGAGAGAGCAGCACUGACAAAAGCUUGCUGGAAAAGGUUGGACUGGCCGAAGUUGAAUCAGACUUACAUGAUGAAAACAGUAAAGACUGUGUCGUCUGCCAAAAUGGAACAGUGAACUGGGUCCUCCUGCCCUGCAGGCAUACGUGUCUGUGUGAUGGGUGUGUGAAAUAUUUUCAACAGUGUCCAAUGUGUAGGCAGUUUGUUCAAGAAUCUUUUCCACUUUGAAGUAAAAAGGAGCAAGAUCAAGAUGAACCUGAACACAUUUUCCAGGAUGUUCCCCACGGAGCAGACUUUUAGUGGAAAGCCAAGAAUUAUCAAGUUGUACUCUCAAAUGCGUGAUGUAGAACUUAAAGCAUUUUCUGUCCAUGGGAGGAUCUGCAGUGUAACUGUAUGGUUUUGCUGUUAGUUACUAGACCAAUUUAAGCCUCCUUUUCACAUCCACACUGCAUACCAUUACUGGAACGCUGCAUAUGCACUGGUAAUAUGGACAGAAGAAGUGUGUAGGAGAUGUGUGAAGAAUGAGUUUUUUGAUAACUGUUGACUGGAUGUUCAUGAAGUAUUAGAGAUUAUUUUGACAAGUAGAUUUAGGUGAGCUAAACUUUAGAAAGAAAAGAACAAAGGCUUACAUACAACUGAAAUUGAAAAGUACUUUUCCUAUAUAUAUAGGUUUUAAAUGUGAAAUUAGAAAAAAAAUAUAAUUGUAAUCCUGUAUAAUUUAGAUAUUUAGCACUUUAAAGAAUGAAAAAUGAAGGAAACCAAAUAUUUAAGAAUCUGUUCUUAGUUUCAGUAUAAAUCCGUAUGUAUUUAUUUUGUAUGUGACGAACUUGGCCAUGGGAAGUGCUGGGCUGCUCAACUCCUGUUAAAGUUACUGGGAGUUAAGGAUAUUCAGGACAUUAAUGGGAAUGGACCUCCUGUAAUUGUAUUCUGUUUCUGCUGCUUUGGAAGAGAUUUUCUGCGUGCACGCGGCCUGAUCCAAAGCCCUCGAAGUGAUUGGAAAUAUUCCCAUUGAUGUUAGUGAGUUUUAUCUCAGGCUCCUACUGACUAUCAAGCAAGUAGAACAUCUAAGUGAGCUCACUGUGUAUGGACUGCCACACUGCACUUACAGGGCUUUAACUCUUGCUAGUGUGACAGCUAUGGAUUCUGAAGGGCUAACUUUUGCAAGGAGAAGAGACUAAUUAUUUUGUAGAUGAUGUGAAUUUGGCAGCAUGUCCUGUUCCAUGACACGGACAGCCUAGUCUGUGAGUUUGCUAACUCCCCCAUAUCCUUCAUUACCUCCAUGUGGAUGAGAACAGGCUAACCAUGUUACCUUCCCUCAUAUCACUAGUAAGAAAAGGAGCUGAAAGACAGCAGAAAACACAAUUGUCAUCUAUCAAAAAAAUAAAAUAAAAAAAAUAAUAAAAAUGGGUGUUGAGAAGAGAAAUGAUGCUGUUCACUUCUUAAUACAAGAAAGGCUAAUGUAAUUCAGGAUGAUGUAACUUCUAGGCCAGGACUUCUCCUCUGGUGGGGUGAGACACCAAAGUAAAAACAGCAAACUCCCACCCUCACUAUGGGAGAUGGGCUUGGAGAGAAGGAGAAAUUUGCUCCCUCCUCCUUGCUCUGCCACUGCUCCACCAGCCCCUCCAUUCCCAGACCAGCUUCUCAGGCCUCCCCCUUCCCUCCACACAGCACUCACUCUGUGGAGGGAAAGCCUGGCUUCAAGAGGCAUCUCCCAGCCUCUUUUACUGGUGCUUCCCUUAAACUGAGCACUGCACAGAAGGAGUCCCCAAUCCAGAGCCCUAAAUUAUCUGCAGUUUCUUGCCAUGAUUCCAAUUGCAAAAACCUUUGUGACCGGAAUGGUUUAUGGGAGCUGGAAGGUCAUGCCAAGAAGCCAUGGGUGGUCUUUGGGAGGCUGAGAGACAAUGCACUAGGCCACCUGUGAUUUAUUAGGAAGUGGCAUGGUUUAUUAAAGUGAGUAUUGGGAUUGCCUCUAGAAUUCUAAUCUUGGCUCCCCGUCACUCCAUUGGUAACUUUAAGGAAACAUCACUUGCACCAUGUAUCAAACAGAGAUAAUAGCCAGGGGUGUUGUGAGGACUGAAUGAUGUUUGCAAAGAGUUUUUGAGACUAGAAAGUGCUGGCUGGAUGCUAAGUGUUCUUACUUCUAAUUUAACUGUGUAUUGACUAUGAGAACAUCCCUCAGUGUGCUCCCAGAGACAAAGUUGCAGUGCCCCAGAGCCACUUGUCUGAGAUUCCCUGGGCAGGGUUAGCCUCUUUGGACAUUGAGCCUCCUGUGCCCUGCAUUACAGAUGCUCUUUUUGGACAUGCAUCUGAAGAGGUGAGUUUUUUACCCACAAAAGUUUAUACCCAAAUAAAUCUGUUAGUCUUUAAGGUG